AAAAAUAAUAAUAAAGACUAGAAGUGGGCAUCAAGUUCCAUCACUUUUAAUUUUCACCAAAUUUACGUGUCUUUUUUGAUACUACAAAUAGAAGCAUUUUUUUGUUCGUGUUCAUCACUUCAACACCUACAAAGAAACAAGAACCAAAGAAUAAGAAGAAAUUAAAAUCAAAUGGGGGAAGUUACAACUCAUACUGAUAAUGCCAAGAUGGUUAAAAGAGUGAUCGACAUGCGAUCCGAUACAGUCACCAAACCAACUGAAGCGAUGCGUAUCGCAAUGUCGAAUGCUGAAGUUGACGAUGAUGUCUUGGGCUAUGAUCCAACCGCCCUUCACCUCGAAUCAGAGAUGGCAACAAUCAUGGGCAAAGAGGCAGGAUUGUUUGUUCCAUCAGGGACAAUGGGCAAUCUCAUUAGUGUGCUUGUUCAUUGUGAUGUCAGGGGAAGUGAAGUCAUACUUGGAGAUAUGUCUCAUAUCCACAUUCUUGAAAAUGGUGGGAUUUCUACCAUUGGUGGGGUCCAUCCAAGAACUGUAAAGAACAACAAGGAUGGAACUAUGGACUUGGGUUUGAUUGAGGCUGCAAUCAGAGAUCCUAAUGGAGAGCUUUUUUAUCCUCAAACGAGACUUAUUUGCAUCGAGAACUCGCAUGCUAACUCUGGUGGUCGAUGUGUUUCUGUAGAGUACACAGACCAAGUCGGUGAGUUAGCAAGGAAGCAUGGUUUAAAGUUUCACAUCGAUGGGGCGCGCAUCUUCAAUGCUGCGACAGCGCUUGGGGUUCCUGUCGAUAGACUGGUGCAAGCGGCUGACUCAGUUUCGGUCUGCCUGUCGAAAGGACUUGGAGCACCAGUAGGAACGAUGAUUGUUGGAUCAAAAAGCUUUAUAUCCAAGGCGAAAAUUUUAAGGAAAACUUUAGGUGGCGGAAUGAGGCAGAUAGGUAUCUUGUGUGCUGCUGCCUUAGUUGCAGUACAAGACAACGUAAAAAAACUCGAGGAAGACCAUAAGAAUGCUAAGUUGUUGGCAGAUGGAUUGAAUCAAAUCGCGGGUCUAAAAGUUGAACUCAGUUCUGUUGAGACUAAUAUUAUUUUUGUUCGCGUGUGCGAAAACUCGAACACUACAGCUCCGAAACUGGCAAAGAACUUGGAGGAGAAUGGAAUAUUGGUCAUGUUAGAUAACACAUACAGAUUUAGGAUUGUAACCCAUCAUCAAAUUACAACAAGCGAUGUCGAACAUACUUUGUCAUGCAUACGGCAAGCAUUAACUGGGGAAUGAAGUGAAUAUAUUGACAAGUGAGAAGCAAUAAAGUGCAGUUCAGUAGCUGCUACUUGGGUGAAGUUAAUCUAAACUUUAAUUUUUAUACAUGUAAUUUGGGGUUAUAUUAAUCUCUUUUAGUAUUUAUUUGUGCUUUGGUGAGCAAUGCCUUGUACUAAUUGAGCCCUUUUAACAUGCAAUAUUUUGGAUCUCAUUACAACCCUAUUAUCUUCACCUAAUACCACAGUGAAUGAAUUUUGGUGAUUAAAACUAUAUUGUAAUAUAUUGUAAAGUCACCUGUCACAAACUUGUAGUCUUAAAAUGUAGGAGCAGAGAAAAUAUUAUAAACUAUAAAGAGAAAACAAGCCGUAUUGAUUGAAUUAGAAUAUUUUAAUUGGAAGUAAUUGUUGGAAUGGACACUCCACUUUUAAAUCAAAAAAU